CUUGAUUCCUUUGUGACAAUAAGCGGAUUAGAAAAUGGAUGGAUGGAUUGAUAAUAACUUGAUUCUCAUGAUACAAAGAUUUCUUUUGAGUUUUAUUAUUAUUGGUAUUGUUAUGAUCGUGAUUUAUUAUCAUGUCAACUAAUUUUCACCCGAACGAUUCUCAUAAAACGACAUUUGGACGAUCAUAGCAUGAAGACAUUUUCCUCCUGUCAGUACGACUUUUUUUCAGAAAUAGGAUUCUUUUCUUUCUACUUCAUGACUUCAAUUUGAAUAAUAUUCCACCAAAAUGACAACCUGUUUCAUGCAUUAGGACCGUUUUUUUGUAUUACCUUUUUUCUCACCUGGACGAUAUAACUUAUUAUAAGUAGGCUAAAUUACAUAUCACUUCUUUUCAUCUUAUCAUUUUUUUAUUUUAUGACUUCAGUCCCACAAUGUUACUUUUUUCAUAGACUGUUUUUUUAAUUCUUGUAUCUACAGGUUUUUUUUCCCCCCUCCUGAAAAUGACCACUUGAUCUCAUAUCAUUGACUAUUUUUGUUCUUUGAGCGUGCCCCUACUCCCCCUUUGUCGUCUCGCGCGAUGUUGCAAUGGAAACCCCGACACUUAUUUCCAUAUAUAAGCCUGAUCGAGAGUUGGUGGGGGAGGGAGGGUGGACACAUGGUCACGGUCAUUUAGACCUUCUCUCUCUCGCACACAUAAGCAGCAUCAGCGUGGUCAGCUGGCUCCAUCGAAGCCUUCUAUGGCGGAAUCACCGUGGAGUGUUAGACAUGGAGAGUGGGGGCUCUAAAAGAGGAGGAACGGUGUGCUCUUGGUGCCCUUGAGCCGCAAUGGGCGACUGGAGCCUGUUGGGGAACGUCCUGGAGGAGGUCCAGGAGCACUCCACCUCGGUAGGCAAGGUGUGGCUCACCGUGCUCUUCAUCUUCCGCAUCCUGGUGCUGGGAACGGCGGCCGAGUCGUCGUGGGGCGACGAGCAGAGCGACUUCCUGUGUGACACACAGCAGCCCGGCUGCACCAACGUGUGCUACGACCGCGCUUUCCCUAUCGCGCACAUCCGCUAUUGGGUGCUGCAGAUCGUCUUCGUGUCCACGCCAUCCCUCAUCUACAUGGGCCACGCCGUGCACACGGUGCGAGCUGAGGAGAAGCGCAGGCGGCGGGAGCAGGAAGCGAAAGAAGCCAGAUCGGCCGGGGCGGAGACCAGAUCGGAGGAGUGCGAGGCCGAGAUGGAGGGCGAAAAGGAGUACCUGCAGCGGAGGGAGAGCGGGAGGGAGGUCGGGGCGGACGGGCGGAGCCGGCUGCGUCUCAGGGGUCCGCUCCUCCACACAUAUAUCCUCAGCAUCCUUAUACGCACUGCCAUGGAGGUUAUCUUCAUUGCCGUGCAGUACAUGAUCUACGGGGUGUUCCUCAAGGCGCUGUACCUGUGCACAGCAUCGCCCUGCCCGAACCCGGUCAACUGCUACAUGUCGCGGCCCACCGAGAAGAACAUCUUCAUCGUCUUCAUGCUGGUGGUGGCCGCGGUGUCCCUGGCACUGUCUGUGCUUGAGCUCUACUACCUGGGCUGGAAGAGCCUGAGGGCGUAUGUGCAGCGGAAGGCCGCGCGGCGCACCUUGCCUGUCGUGACAGCGACGGCGCUGGAGCCAGAUGGGCCCAUGGCCCCGCGUACUCCGCCUCCUGACUUCAACCACUGCGUCAACCCCCUGACCUCCAUGGCGCCCGUUCCCUUCAGCAACAGGAUGGCGCUCCAGCAGAACUCGGCCAACAUGGCGGCCGAGCGCCACCACAGCAGGGACAACCUGGAGGACAAUGAGGACUUUCUGCGAAGGUACCAGGGGGCGCCAUCGCCCCAGGGUCUGCCCAAUAACUGCGGCCCCAUGCACGCGACACACUCUGAGUAUGCUGGGGACAACCGUAGUCUGAGCAAGACGAGCAGGAGCAGCGGGCGAGGGAGACAAGACGACCUUUCCAUUUAAACACGGGACCUUCGCGAACUACUUUGAACUAUAGACAACAUGCAGGAUAGCAGAACGGACGCCUGAGAGUUCCACUUGACAUGUUUAUGAAGCACUACCAUACUCUAUUUGUUCGCACGUGCAGUAGGGCAGAAGUGCAGAAUGACUCACUCACAGACAGUUUCUAUCACAGAAAAUUGACUUGAUUGUUUAAUUUUGCACUUUAUAGUUGGGCAGGCACCCCAAGGACUCAACUGUUGUAUUUUUAUACUGUACAAGCAAUCAAAAAGUCAAUUUUAUAUAAUAUAUUCCCUUUAAA